AAGUACGACUGACAGCUGGUGGACGACCAUUCCAGUUUACGGGCUUGGACUACUUUGGUCCCAUGCUGGUGAAGGUAGGCCGUCAUCGUGAGAAGAGGUAUGGGGCCCUUUUCACCUGCCUCACGGUAAGGGCAAUCCAUAUUGAAGUGACACAUGACCUGUCGACUAGUAGCGCGAUUAUGGCUAUCCGACGAUUCAUAGCCCGACGUGGAUGCCCAAGACAAAUAUGGAGUGACAACGCCACUACUUUUAAAGGAGCCGACCGUGAGCUUAAGCAGUCCGUAGCAUCCUUAGAUAAGGACGAAUUAUUUCGUUUUGGCACUGUAAAGGGCAUCGACUGGCAUUUCAUCGCACCCAAUGCUCCUCACAUGGGAGGCUGUUGGGAACGAAUGGUGAGAUCCGUCAAGACAGCGCUUCGUAUCACUCUAAAAGAGACGGCCCCGAGUGAUCAAGUGUUGUCUACGUUACUUACCGAGACAGAACAUUUUGUAAAUAACAGACCCCUGACGUACGUACCGAUUGACAAGGACGACGACUUACCAUUGACACCAAACAGCUUUUUGAUGACCAAGACUGAUUCUGUUGACUUACCUGUUAGUACCUGUAAUGACGGUGAGGUAUUGCGACGAUCCUGGAGGCACUCUCAACGGCUUGCCGACUUGACCUGGAAACGCUGGAUCAAGGAGUACCUCCCAACUCUGACACGACGAGACAAAUGGUUCCAGACUGAGACACGACCACUAACUAUCGAUGACAUUGUCAUUGUGGUCGAUGACCAACUUCCCCGCAACCUGUGGCCCAAAGGACGAGUGACAGCUGUGUACCCUGGGAAGGACGGUAGGGUCCGAGUAGCUGACGUGCUGACUUCGACCGGACUAUAUAAACGGCCAGCAACGAGGCUCGCCAGACUGGACGUCCGCACUUAGAGUAUUGGUUUCCAAUACUGGAGGUGGGGAUGUUGCGGCCUCCUUGACAGGACUGCUUGCUGGCCGGAUAUAAGACGUAACUAGGACAGACGAAAGAAUUGACAAGACAGACUCGACAAGGAAAAAAGACGGAC